UACUUUGCCAUCAAUUCACGGGCCGUGUUUGUUUUAAGUUAAAUAUUAAAAGGAAUAAAUAGCAAUAUUAAAUAAUUUAUAACUUUAAUACGAAUGUGCACAACUAUCGAGUGAUCUCUUAACGACAGUGGGCAUUAGGUAAUGGACAUGUCGCAAGCCAUAAUCUAAAAUUCUGUGCAAAAUUCGGGUGUGCGGCGCUAUGAUUCGAGUUACAUGUGACGAAAUGAAUCUUUAACAGCAGCAGUGGAAGCAGCAACAACAACAACAACGCAAUCAAUAACAACGAAGUAACAAACUGAACAGGAACAAGAAUAAGAACAUUUACAACUCAGAACUCGAGACGAAAGUUCAUUGAAGUAUCCGAGGAAGGAGCAGAAACAGGAACAGGAGGAGAAGGAGGCGCAACAACUGUUGUUCUCUGCCCCAUCAGCCGGGUGCAGAUCAUCAAUAUUCCAGAAAGCAAUUGAGUCAGCCAGCUAGCCAGUCGAGUUAGUCAGCCAGCUAGCCAGUCGAGUUAGUCAGCCAGUCAGUCAAUCAGUCAGUCAGGCACAGGCAUUAAUUCAUCAAUUAUUCAAAAUGACCGAAGACGAAAUUCUCUUUGACGAUGUUUACGAGCUCUGCGAGGUCAUUGGCAAGGGUCCAUUCUCCAUUGUGAGGCGUUGCAUACACAGAGAGUCGAACCAGCAGUUUGCUGUGAAAAUCGUUGAUGUGGCCAAAUUUACGGCCAGUCCAGGACUGAGCACAGCGGAUCUGAAACGCGAAGCCACAAUAUGUCACAUGCUAAAGCAUCCGCACAUCGUCGAGCUGCUGGAAACCUACAGUUCCGAGGGCAUGCUCUACAUGGUCUUUGAAUUCAUGGAAGGCUCCGAUUUGUGCUUUGAGGUUGUGCGACGCGCCGUCGCAGGUUUUGUCUACAGCGAGGCGGUGGCUUGUCACUAUAUGCGGCAAAUACUGGAGGCACUGCGCUAUUGCCAUGAGAACGAUAUACUGCAUAGGGAUGUGAGACCCGCUUGUGCCCUGCUGGCCACCGUGGACAACUCGGCGCCAGUGAAACUGGGCGGCUUCGGUUCGGCGAUACAGUUGCCGGGCACACGCGAAACCAUAGAAACACAUGGACGCGUCGGCUGUCCGCACUAUAUGGCGCCGGAAGUGGUCACCAGGCGUCUGUAUGGCAAGGGUUGCGAUGUCUGGGGCGCUGGUGUUAUGCUGCAUGUGCUGCUCUCGGGUCGUCUGCCAUUUUUGGGCUCCGGUGUGCGGCUGCAACAGUCGAUAGCACGCGGCAGACUUUCGUUUGAGGCACCAGAAUGGAAAUCAAUUUCGGCCAAUGCCAAGGAUCUAGUCAUGAAAAUGCUGGCGGCCAAUCCACAUCACAGACUCUCAAUCACCGAGGUGCUGGAGCAUCCCUGGAUACGUGAUCGCGACAAAUUGCAGCGCACUCAUCUGGCGGAUACUGUUGAGGAAUUGAAGCGCUAUAAUGCGCGACGCAAGCUCAAGGGCGCUGUGCAAGCGAUUGCCGGUGGCACCAACAUGGAUCCACUGUAUGCCAGUGAUGCAGACAUGCCCAUUGCAGGCGCACCGGACGAAUGGGCCGACGAGGAGGCUGGCAUUGAGGCUGUGCAACGAAUAUUGGACUGUCUGGAUGACAUCUAUUCGCUGCAGGAUGCCCAUGUGGAUGCGGAUGUGUUGCGUGAUAUGCUCCGCGAUGGACGAUUGCAGCAAUUUCUGCAGCUGUUCGAUCGCAUCGGGUCGACGGUCAUCACGACCAAUGGUCGAGCACCCACAGCGGAGGCUGUGGCGCGCAGUCGCGAUGUCCUGGAGCUGUUGUCAUCGGUGGGCGUUGGUGUGGGCAAUAAGUAUGCCAAGGAUGAGCUGAUGCAGCUUCUUGCCGCGCCGCACUUGCAGGCGCUGCUGCACACACACGAUGUCGUUGCUCGGGAUGUCUAUGGCGAGGAAGCUCUGCGCGUCACACCGCCGCCAAUGGUGCCCUAUCUCAAUGGUGAUGAGCUGGACAACGUCGAGGGCGGUGAGCUGCAGCAUGUGACACGUGUGCGUCUCGUGCAGUUCCAGAAAAACACCGACGAGCCGAUGGGCAUCACGCUUAAAAUGACCGAAGACGGACGCUGCAUUGUGGCGCGUAUCAUGCACGGCGGCAUGAUACACAGACAAGCCACGUUGCACGUGGGCGACGAGAUACGGGAAAUCAAUGGGCAACCGGUGCAGCAUCAGUCUGUCGGUCAAUUGCAACGAAUGCUGCGCGAGGCACGCGGUUCCGUUACCUUUAAAAUAGUUCCUUCAUACCGCAGCGCACCGCCACCCUGUGAGCUUUUCAGGAUAAGACCCGCUCCAGUGCUUAUUUUUGUUCGUGCACAAUUCGAUUAUAAUCCACUGGAUGAUGAGCUUAUACCCUGCGCCCAGGCAGGCAUUGCAUUCCAAGUCGGCGACAUUCUGCAGAUCAUUAGCAAGGACGAUCAUCACUGGUGGCAGGCGAGAAUUGAUACGGUGGGCGGUUCGGCGGGUCUGAUACCAUCACCGGAACUGCAAGAGUGGCGCAUUGCCUGUCAGACUGUUGACAAGACCAAGCAGGAGCAAGGAGAACCGGGUGCUGGAUGUUCCGCUCACGCAGAUGGGUGUGAUGGAUCCGCAGUGAACUGUUCCAUAUUCGGGCGAAAGAAGAAGCAGUGUCGGGACAAAUAUUUGGCCAAACAUAAUGCCAUAUUCGAUACGCUCGAUGUGGUCACAUACGAAGAGGUUGUCAAAGUGCCAGUUGGUGAUCCGAAUUUUCAGCGCAAGACUUUGGUGCUACUUGGUGCACAUGGCGUUGGUCGGCGGCAUAUAAAGAAUACUUUAAUAUCAAAGUAUCCCGAUAAAUAUGCCUAUCCCAUACCACAUACAACGAGACCUGCUAAGCCCGAGGAGGAGAACGGACGCAGUUAUUACUUUGUCUCACACGACGAAAUGAUGGCCGACAUUGGUGCCAAUGAGUAUUUGGAAUACGGUACCCACGAGGAUGCCAUGUAUGGUACCAAGCUGGACACCAUACGACGCAUACACACUGAGGGCAAAAUGGCCAUACUAGAUGUGGAGCCGCAGGCACUUAAAAUACUGCGCACAGCUGAAUUCACGCCCUAUGUGGUGUUUAUAGCGGCGCCCUCGCUCCAGAACAUUGCAGACUACGAUGGCAGCCUGGAGCGAUUGGCCAAGGAAUCGGAUAUGCUGCGUCAACUGUAUGGCCAUUUCUUUGACCUGACCAUUGUGAACAACGAUAUUAGCGAGACGAUUGCCACGCUGGAGACGGCCAUUGAGCGUGUACACACCACACCACAAUGGGUGCCGGUGUCCUGGCUCUACUGACAAGACAGUGAGCUGGAAUGCCCCGACUGUCUCGAUGGCUGCGAUUGCGAGUGGGAUGCAUACACACAGGCGUCCAAUGUGGCGCUCUACUGAGUACAUACUCACACACACACUCACACUCUCAAACACACACCAUUAAAGUAUUAACAAGGCACAAAUACAACACAUACAACUACUACAGUGAAGUUGGUAGGCGCCUGGCGCCAUCCUCAAAAAACAUACACACACAACAAUAACACACACACACGUCUACAUAUAUAGAAAUGGGUAUUAUGGGAACUGCAGUCGCAACGCAAAGACAAAAAUGUUAAUUUUCAAUAUUGAAUUUCAAGGUAAUAUUGUUUUUUGUUUUAGUAUAAGUUAACUAUUAUUAUUAUUAUUA